UCAACAGUUAAAACAUUACAGUUCAAUUAUUAUAGUUUAUUCUGCUCCAAAGUAUAUAAAUAUCAGUGCAGGCUUCUGAUUUACAUUGAAGUUCAUGUGACGCCACCCAGUGGUUUACCUCUCUUAGACAGUAUGACGUCCACACAGAGGUGGCCAGAGCAGGGUUGGGCACUCUUACAGCUGUUGUUGGUAGCGUCUUUCUCUCAGGCUGAGGAGCCAGUGUGCAGGCGGAGAGGAGACCCUGAGAAUCCCCCACUAUCUAAGGAUGGUGACAUUAUGUUGGGAGGAAUCUUCUCUUUUCACAACAAAUGGAAAAACAAACAGGAUUCCUACAUGCACAAGCCACAGCCACUGCAAUGCUACAGAGGUGUGAAGGUUGCACUGGCCUUGGCUAAUGGUAAUGAAGACGUAUCUGCACCCUCUGAGGAACCAUGUACCAGACCUGCCCAAGUGCUGGCCAUUAUUGGGGGGACCUUUUCCUCUCCUUGCAUGGCUGUAUCUACUGUCAUUGGACCCUUUUAUAUCCCACUGGUGCCUGUGUCAGUUUGCAGUGAGAAAUGUCCCCCAGGAACUCGCAAGGUUCUGCUGAAAGGAAAACCUGUCUGCUGCUAUGACUGUUUAAGAUGUGCAGAGGGAGAAAUAAGCAACAUUACAGAUUCUAUCACCUGUAUUACAUGUCAUCCUGAGUUCUGGUCAAAUGAGAGAAGAGAUGCCUGUGUAAAAAAGGAGGCAGAGUUUCUAUCAUAUGAAGAGAUUAUGGGAGCACUGCUCACUGCAGCCUCUUUAUUUGGAACAUGCAUGACUGCUGUUGUGGCAUUCAUUUUCUUCAGAUACAGACAGACUCCAAUUGUCAGAGCCAACAACUCUGAGCUGAGCUUCCUGCUGCUCUUCUCCUUGACUCUGUGUUUCCUGUGUUCUCUGACCUUCAUUGGUCGGCCCUCUGAGUGGUCCUGCAUGCUGCGACACACUGCAUUCGGAAUCAUAUUUGUCCUCUGUAUCUCUUGUGUUCUGGGGAAAACAAUAGUAGUGUUAAUGGCCUUCAGAGCCACACUUCCAGGUAGUGAUGUGAUGAAAUGGUUUGGGCCUGCACAGCAGAAACUCAGUGUUGUGGGUUUCACUAUUAUACAAGUUGUCAUAUGUAUCCUUUGGUUAACAAUUUCUCCUCCAUUUCCAUUUAAGAACUUUCAUACAUUCAAGGACAAAAUAAUCUUAGAGUGUGCUCUGGGUUCAGCUGUAGGCUUUUGGGCUGUACUUGGGUACAUAGGACUUUUGGCCAUGUUGUGUUUUAUUCUUGCUUUUCUGGCUCGGAAACUACCUGAUAAUUUCAAUGAAGCUAAAUUUAUCACCUUCAGCAUGCUGAUAUUCUGUGCAGUAUGGAUAACUUUUAUUCCAGCAUAUGUCAGCUCACCUGGGAAGUUCAGUGUUGCAGUGGAGAUAUUUGCUAUUCUGGCUUCAAGUUUUGGACUGCUCAUUUGUAUUUUUAUUCCAAAAUGUUACAUUAUCUUAUUGAAACCAGAGAAGAAUACAAAAAAGAAUAUGAUGGGUAAAGGGGCAGUAAAAUCAUCCUGAAAAUAUCAAUAAUAUGGUGGCAAGAGCAAUCUAGUGUCAUCCUAAUUUUUACCUAAUAGUUAAAUAGACAUGGUAGGAAAACAAGUAUGACAUCUCGCUUCAUGUAAGUGAAUACCCCCAUUGUAUACUGUAGUAUUAAUGUAAUAUAUAACCAUAAACAUAUAUGCACAUAAACAUAUUUAUAUUCCUUAUUGGUUUUACAACAUUUAAUACAUUUUAUAUACUUGUAAUGAAAGAAUACAAUUCAGUUUCAGCAUGAACCUACUGAAGGCAGAGAGAGAGUCACAUUAAUAAGCCACAGCAGCAAGAUGAUAGGCUAAUAAUUUGGUUGUGUCACUUUGUUGUUGAAUACAUGUGACCAGCUAAUGGAACAACUUAUAACAUGAUUGACAGCCCAGAUUACACUAAGUAAAUGAAUGUGAGCAUGGCUGAGAGGAGUGAAUGACAGCAUGGAAAGAGGAACUGACUAAACGUUCAUGAGAGCUCCAUUUCAGUCAAAAGAGACAAGUGAACAAAGUAAAGAUCAUUGUUUACGACAACAAAUGACACGCGAUGAUGGACUGCUUGGACUCCAAAACAAGGGGAACAAGAAUGCAGGCAAAUGGGGAAGAAAGAGACCAAAAUUAAACACACCAAGAUGACAUAAUCUGCUGAGAGAUGAAGGAAAACAUUGAGCAUGAUUAUAAUCAACCACGUCAGAUUUAGCAGAAGCAUGAAAAUGUCACCAGCAGCAGGGCUUAAAGUACUUAGUUAUAGAGUACAUAGAUCACAUUUCCUCCUGGGUGACUUCAGAAGUACAAAUCACAAAUUAAAUUAAACAUUAAUUGAUUUCUAACAAGACUGCGGCCUACUGUUGUGGACCAAAUAAAUCUAAUUUCAUCAGUUUUACAUUUGUGUUUCAUUUUGCAAAUUGCAGUUAUACAUUUAAGUAUGAAUUGCACCUCCAAAAUGUUAAAACAUUAACGUGGAAAAUCGAAACCUUUACCUGUACAACACAAGUGGAUAUUGUUGUCUGACAACAAAUAUAGUUAAGGUAUUCAAAAUUGUCUCAAAACUCUGGCACCUUCAUCCCCUCGCCCACUUUUGUUGGUCCACAACUUUCCAGGUAGUAAUGUGAUGAAAUGGUUUGGUCCUCCUCAACAGAAAUUUGCUGCUGGUCAUUUUAUUCCAAGAUGUCAUAUAAUCUUGCUGAAAUCUGAGAACAAAACAAAAAAGAGUAUGAUUGGAAAAGAGUACCAAAGUCUUUCAGUAUCUUAAAAAAAUGUAAUUGGAAAGGCAUCAUUGUGCCAUUAUAGUCUUGAAUAAAAAACAAUAAUAAAUUGAGUAGUGGAGUAGACAUCUAUCCUCAUUUAUUGGAAGGUUGAUAUUGUACUACUAUGGUACAAUUCGACUGUAUAUCAUCUCUUUUAUCGGAUAGUGAGCU